UUAGACCAUGUUAAAUAUAAGUUGAUAUAAAAAUCUUCUUCACAAUCUCACACUUCCGUUGCAAUCUAAUUGUUGUAAAAAAAACAGUUCAACAUCAGUUUAAACUGUAAGAACACGAUGAAAAACUUAACUUGGAUGUUUGCUGUCAUCUAUAUAUCCUAUAUUUUAGUACUAGACUUGUGUGAUGCAUGUGGGUUUGAUAGUUAUUGUUCAGUGGAAGAAUGGGCUCCGUGGGGUUCGUGUAAUUCUACAUGUGGAACAGGAGUACAGGAGAGACAGAAUAAGAUCUGUUGUGAUACUUCUAAAUAUCGUUCACUGAUAGAGUGUUUAAACGGUUGUACCAUUCCAUUCAGUUGGUGGAAGGUAAAUGCAAUGGAACACAAAACUUGUGGAAAAUGUCAGAGAGGAGGAACAUUUGAUGUAAAACAAAAUAGUUGUAUCUGUCCUUCUGGCUAUGGUGGAUCCUGCUGUGAUAUGCGAACAACAUUACCUACAACAAUGAAAACAACCACAACAACAUUAAUACCAACGACGACAAAGACAACCACGACACCAACGACGACAAAGACAAACACAGUACCAACGACGACAAAAACAACAAAGAACAUGAUCACAAGCUGUACAGUAAAUCCUUGUCAACAUGGAACGUGUAUACCAAUGAAUAAUCAGUAUUUCUGCCUGUGCUCUCCUGGAUACGAGGGCCAUGAUUGUGACAGAGAUAUUGAUGAUUGUGCUAACAGCCCAUGUCAGUACGGAACAUGUGAAGAUAUGGUUGAUGAUUUUCAUUGUGAAUGUGUUGUUUUCUUUAAAGGCAAAAUGUGCAACAAAUUUACAUCAUGGGCAAUUGCUUUUAUGUCACUAUCAGCACUAGCUCUACUGUUUGCGUUCUGUUGCUGUUACCGGUGCUUUUUUGGAACAGAUGACGAAAAAAAGAAAGUAGAACCACUGAGAAAAAAGUCAAUACAAUAUCAAGCAGAAAGACCACCACCAACGGAAAGACAAACCCCAAUAGAAAGACCACCACGUUAUGAUGAUUGGUAGGAAUGACUGUUCCUGAACAUUUCAUGGAUAAAUUGCAUUGUGAUGAUUAAACAUGUUAUCGUAUUGCAUUUUUACUUAAUUUACCAUUGCGUCUAUAAUAAAUU